AUGUUCACCACAAAGUCGGUUCAGUCGCUCAAGAACCUCUUUGCAUCUUAUCACGAACCCCUACCCUUGUCGAAACAGCAGUCUCAGAAGCUUCUUGACGGUCUCAAGACAUCCUUUCGAAAACAGCUGGAUCGCGAAUAUGGAGAGAGCUCCAAUAGCCCGAGCCAGGCGCAGCCUACCACGAAAUCUAUCGAGACUGACCCUGCCCGACUAUCUGCUGCAAACCGUCAUCUGAAAGAUAUCCUCGCCAACCCAUUGUUCAGCUACAAUAAAGACGUCACCUCGACAUUUCCUUCAAGUUUAUCAUCUGCCGCACCAACUGUGUCAGCUCGUGAUCCCAUAGAAGUCUUCGACCAUGCCGUUGCUCGAGGAUUGAUGACGCCCAAGGCUGCAAUUGGUGUCAUGCACGCCAAAGCAAAGCAGCUCCAAGCACAACAGCCUGGUCUUGGGGGCCUCUCCACAGCAGGAAUAUCCGGACGUGUCAUAAGAUGGCUUCAGGCUUGUGGUGCAGAGCAGGACUUGCGAUUUAUGGAUAACUAUACUUUUGUUCGAACAUUGGCUCCAUUCAUGGUAGCGGAAGGCAUGGAGGAGAUCGCUUGGGAAUGGCUUGUGCGAACAGUCAACGACGCUUCUGGAAAACUACCCAAGGAGAAACGUUUGAAGAGAGCAUCCCACCUACUCGGAGAACUUGUCAAGGCAAAAUGCCAGCCCCAGUAUGGAAACCUUGAUUCAGGUAUUUCAACUAUGUUGCAAGCGCAGCAAUUAUUCCGGACCAGUCCAUUACUUUCAGACCUUCUAGUCUCCUCGUGGAGGUCAGUUUCGUGGUUUUCUACCGUCGAGGCUUACAGUCGAUCCGCACCAUCAGAGGAGCUUUUCGAUGCCCAUAUUGCUACGGCUGAUCGACUACCAUUGCCAUUCCAACUAGAACGGGCUCAUCUUCACCUUUACCACCCUACACAUCCAGAUCACCUCCCUGCGCUCAAUUUCUUCAAAGAUAAGGAGAAGAUUCGGACACUAGUGAGCGCUCUUGGGCCCAAGAAGGCGAAGCCUGAGAAGUUGAGUACUGUCUCUUGGCUUGCAUUCUUGGGACACGACACCGUCAACCACUUGACCCAGUCUGGUAGAACUCAGGAAGCUCAGGGGGUGACAGAAUUCUUGCAAGCGGAAGUAGCCAGCCUUUUUAACAUCAAAAACAGAACGGAACCUGCUUUAGGGUUCUAG